UAAAUGAAUGAAAAUUUUCCUCAAAUUCUCUCCUCCCUCUCUUCACAUCUCCUCAUCAUCUCCCUCCUUUCCCAUUCUGAUCUACCUGAGAUCCAUCCCUCUUAAUCCACUACCUAUAUCUCUAUACUCAAUUUUAAUCCUAUUUCUCCCUUCUCAGCACUUAGAAUUCCAAACAGCAGGUCAGCGUGUGGCAGAUGUCAAUGGCUUCUCAACUUCCUCUUGUUGUUCAGAAUGAGAAUUUACAGAACUAUAGAGGAAAAGGUGUCAAUAGGUGAAGUCAGAAAAAGCUUUGAUGGAUCUUUCAAAUACCGGGGCACCUCUGGUUGCUGGUGUAUCCAAGAGGUCCACUUUGAAAUAGAAGUCUGGAAUAUGUGGCCGUCAUACCACCUUGAAUGCCUAAAAAGCACCAUUUCAACUGAUGAGGAGAUAAAGAAAUGCAAUGAAUGGGCUAAUGACGGAAUCAAGCAUGCUCAUGUCACAGGAAAUGACUUACAGAAGCUCCAGAGAGAUGUGGUGGAAGAAUGUAUAAAGAAGAAAGUUGAGAAGGUACUUUCUGGAUUGCACAAGUCGUCAAAUGUUUCCUAUGAUUUUGGGUUGCCAACGAAGGAGGAGAUGAAACGAUGACUUGAGGAGGUACCUGAAGAUGAGCACACAUCAGAACUGAAAGAUCGUAUCUUUAUGGGGGUGAUGGGAGAAGAUGGACAUAGACGGAUGUGUACUUGGAGUUCGAGCGUGAUAAGGUGAUGUUUGCAUGAGCAGUCUUCUCAGGCACCAUCAGAGGAGAUCAUUAGGACGGAUUCGAAAUAAGCUUCGGGCUGAGUUUGAUGACAAGAUUUUCUGCUUGGAGGCACAGUUCCAUCAGAUGCAUGCUUAGAUGGCGAGUGGAUGUUUUGCGCACAACCCAGUAGGUACUCCUCGUUCGGUGCCAUCCAGUAGCAGAUAGGUUCCAGAUGCAUCUAGUGCUCACCAAACACGUGCAUCGAAAAAUGAGAGAUUCACCUAGAUGCCUGAUGAGAUUUGAUGAUGCCACGAUGCGUUUCGGAGCUCUGGGGGUGGUUGGGUUUUCGACGAUCGAAUGAUUUGUUUUUACCGUUGCUGAUGCAAGUUGCCAUGCAACACUCUUGAAGCUUACGUGUCAUGCAUCCCAACGGUCCCUCAAGAAAAGGCGGGCUGAUCAAAAUAGAAGGGAGAAAAGAGCGGAGGAACACUCAGAGAAAGGCUCUCCAACCGACCAGCUCCCAUGGCCAAGGACCCAGGUCUUCCCCUUCUCUCUCCUCCUCCUUCUGUCCUCUCUCUCAUUCUCUGUCUUCCCCCUCCCCCCAUUCUUCGUAGAGAGAGAAAGAGAGAGGGAAAGAGUGGUGGACGAGGGCGAGGCAGCAGAUGGGCAACUGCUGCUCCGCCCCCUCCAACAACAAGAAACCCCGCAACCUCCGCUGCCUCUCGCCCAUCUCCACCGUCGACGACGACAAGGGCAGGCCCAUAACUCCCAUCACCGUCCUCCCUGACUCCAAGGCGGCCACCGACCUCCCCCUCCGGUACGAGCUCGGGAAGGAGCUCGGCCGUGGCGAGUUCGGGGUGACGCGGCGCUGCACCGACACCAAGACCGGGGAGGUGCUCGCCUGCAAGUCCAUCUCCAAGCGGAAGCUGCGGACGUGCGUCGACGUCGAGGACGUGCGGCGCGAGGUCGAGAUCAUGCGCGGCCUCCCGGCGCACCCCAACAUCGUGCAGCUGCGGGAUGCGUUCGAGGACAAGGAGGCCGUGCACCUCGUCAUGGAGGUGUGCGAGGGCGGGGAGCUCUUCGACCGCAUCAUCGCCAGAGGCCACUACACAGAGCGCGCUGCGGCCACCGUCAUGCGGACCAUCAUGGAGGUUGUUCAGCAUUGCCAUAAGAAUGGUGUAAUCCAUCGGGACCUCAAGCCAGAGAAUUUCUUGUUUGCAAAUCAAUCUGAAAAUGCUCCACUGAAGGCAAUCGAUUUUGGGCUCUCUGUAUUCUUCAAGCCUGGUGAAAGUUUCAAUGAAAUAGUUGGCAGUCCAUAUUACAUGGCCCCAGAAGUCCUGAAGCGGAACUAUGGGCCUCAAGUAGAUGUAUGGAGUGCGGGGGUUAUUCUCUAUAUCUUACUGUGUGGUGUCCCGCCUUUUUGGGCGGAAACUGAUGAAGGAAUUGCGCAGUCAAUUAUCCGGUCGGUUAUUAAUCUUGAAAGGGAGCCAUGGUCUAAAGUAUCUCAAAAUGCGAAGGAUCUUGUGAGAAGCAUGCUCGAUCCAAAUCCCUACACUAGGUUGACUGUUCAAGAAGUUCUUAGACACCCUUGGCUGCAGAAUACCAAGCAAGCUCCGGAUAUUCCCCUUGGAGAAGCUGUCAGAUCAAGGCUUAAUCAGUUCUCAGUCAUGAACAAGUUCAAGAAGAAAGCAUUAAUAGUGGUGGCCGAACACUUACCAGUGGAGGAAGUAGCUGAUAUUAAGCAAAUGUUUCACAUGAUGGAUAUCAACAAGAAAGGGAAGUUGACACUUGAUGAACUUAAAAAUGGUUUCAACUUAACUGGACACCAUAUGCCAGAAAAGGAUAUUGACAUGUUAAUGGAAGCGGCAGACAUAGAUGGAAAUGGUCACCUGAACUGUGAGGAGUUUGUGACAGUAUGCAUCCACUUGAAGAAGAUCCGCAGCGAGGAACACCUUCCAAAAGCAUUCAAACACUUCGACAAGGAUGGAAGUGGAUAUAUUGAAAUUGAUGAGUUGAGAGAAGCUUUAGGAGGAGAUGAACUCGAUGCUAAUGACCAAGUAAUCUUGGAUAUCAUAUCCGAUGUUGACAAGGACAAGGACGGCCGAAUAAGCUAUGAAGAAUUUGAAAUGAUGAUGAAAGCGGGAACAGACUGGAGGAAUGCGUCACGCCAGUACUCACGAGCAGUGUUCAACACCCUCAGUCUUAAAAUGUUUAAAGAUGGAUCCUUGAAAAAAGGAAUAUAAAAUGAACUUCCAUGUAAAAAAAAGUGUGAAAAGAUCGUCGAUGAAGCCUCUCAUUAAAUAGUCUGUCUUCUUCUCUUAUUUAUAAGGAACGCACCCAGCCUACAGGGUAUGAAGUUCGAAAUUUUCCUA